AUGCUGAGGGAAGGGAGGGAUGAUGAGCGGUCGUGCAUCGAUCUGGCCAGAUUUCGUCUAGAAAUGCGCCCUACGCAAUUUCAACAAGAGAAACUCCACGCGGAUUCACAUUAUUAUGACAACGCUGGGGCUCGUGAAGUGAUUGCGCAAAAGUACAGUACUGGUUUGGGUACCAUUUUCGAUGCCAAUCAACUAGCAACAUUAGCUCGUGGCGAUACCGUUAUGGAGAAUCGGGUCGGUGAGCAGAUGAUGUUUCGAGCCUUGGAGAAUAUUGUCGGUUCAACGAACGAUUUCGAUUCAUGUGACAUGAAAACUCAAGCGAUCGUUGCGAGUUUGGCGACAGUUGUUCUCGGUCCCAAGCCAUCGACAACAUCAUGGGAGAAGAUCAUGGAACGCUAUCCUCAAUUUAUCAUGAAGGAUAAGGGUGGAAAAAGUAGAAAGCCGCCGAGCAGCCUGAAAGCGAAGGCUCAGGUAAGGAGUCUCGAUCUGAUUCGCCGACACUAUGCGAAUCCACUAAAGGAGUUGGCCCAGGUCAAGGGACAUAUGUUUGUUGUGAAUCCGGUGAACACGGUACACUACUGCUAUCAGUGCCGUGAUGCCAUCUGGGGAAUGCAACCAUGGUGUUACUUUUGUGCCAACUGCGACGUGAAGGUACAUACUCAGUGCACAUCUUCGCUCACAGAUGCCUGUUAUCCUGCAACACAAGGCAAACACAAAUCGAAGACGCGACGCCCAGGAUUAAUGGGGAAGUCGGAUGCAGAAGAUGAGGAAGCGCCACGUGUCGAUCACAAUGUCAAGUCCACAAGUUCGGAUUCAGGCAUCGGGCAGGAGAUUCACGAUAAACCUGUUGGUAGAUCGCAUAGCAUGCGAAAUCGUGUGUCGACGAUACCUCAGAUCCCGGAUGAACGGUUGACAACGAAACGUGAUCGAUCGACUCCCUCGUGGGGUAGUGAUCUGCCUCCAGCCGAUGAAGAAGAGGAAAGCUCAAGGCGAUCACGGACGGUCGAGUCGAGAUCAGAGACAGCACGAUCACUAGAUGGAAGUCGUGUUGCCCUUGAUGCUCAAAGUAAUAGUGGAAGGAGUAUGGUCGACGAUGAGAUGAAAAGAGCGGUUGAACGAAUGCAGCAGUCGUCUAUCUAUGAAGACGACAGCGAUCUGGAGGUAGAAACGGAAGCUCCACCCCUUGAUCAACUCGUCGGCUGGGAUGUGAUUCGCCAUCUCAAACCGAAGGAGAAGAAACGACAAGAAGUCAUCAACGAACUUUUCCAUACGGAACGGACUCAUGUACGGAAAUCUGAAGAUUUUAUUACGGGUAUUCUAUAA